CAAAGACGUUUUAGCUAUGACCAUACAUUGUUUUAUUUUUAUUUUGGGGGAGGGAAUAGUAUUUGAGAUAAGAGUAUCUUUAUUUAAGAUAGUGAAGGUAUGAUUUGAGGGAGUUUUAGUUACUACUUUAACAGGUCAAGCGACGUAUAUAGGCUUCCUGUUUGGCUUGUGAGACUUUGAUGUAUAGCUGUAGGUGAUGAUGUUUCAACUCAAGUCGGAUCGAAUCAAACAGACCCAUAAUCACAGAUAAUCUAGCCAUGACUGCCCAGUCUUUCAUUAAUUUUUUUUUUUUUUUUUUUUUCCAGAUAAAGUGUAUUCAAGACAUUAUUACCAGUCAAGACAACACCGCAGUGGUUCCCAGUAUUUCAAGAAUAGGAUCCGCAGAAGUGACCCUUUUAUUAAAAUGGAUUGUCCCAUGGACCUAAGAUGGUAUAGGAAUAUCCUUCAAAGAUGAAUUCCAAAACAGCAGUUCAAUCUUUCCUACCAUUGAUUGCCAGUCUAGCUUCUUUCUGAAUUUCACCUGUGUCAAGUAAACAUCACUUUCCAGCAAUGAAAGCCAAAAAUAUGAAUUUCAUCUCAUCCAAUCAUUAAUUUGUUCUACCACUGCCAGCACCAAACUGACAAAUUCCCUGUUUUAUGUUGAUCAGUGGUUCUCAACCAUUUUUCCCCUGUGGACCCUUUUGAUUCCUAUGAGGGUGGAUCCUCAUCACCAUUCAGUAUUUAAAAAAAAAUCUUAUUAUAUUUUCAUAAUUAAAUAUUAUUAAGAAUUGUAUAAAAGAAUGAACACAUUUUGUGUACAGUAGAAGUAUAACCAAUUCAUUGUACAUAAAUUCUAACAACAAAAUCUUAUAUAAACCCCCAAGGUCUAUGUGGACCCCAGUUAAGAACCACUGAUGUAGAUGGAUGUGGGAGUAUUGAUAUAUCUUGUUCAGUAAAACAGUACACUGACAUCAAAUGAAAUCAUAACCUUCAUACUAAAGGAUCAAUGAAGAAGAUCUCUAUAAAUGUGCAUGCUUCUCACAAUUUUGUACAUCAGCCAAUCCAGUGCUUGAUAUGUACCAGAAUAAGAUGUAUGAACAAGCUGCUAAAUAGCUAGUGCAUUAAACUCAGUUUCUGUAGCACUAAAACUCUAACAAUCAUAUUAAACUAUUACAGGACAACUUUUCUGCUAUCAAAUAAUAAGGGGAAUGGCAUUGUUUUGUUCAGGUAACACAACGAAACAUUGAUAGUGUAAUUAUAUGACAAAUUAUGAGAUCAGAUCCCAGGAUUUUAUUCACUUGAUCAUUAUUAACUGAAAUAUAUCAGAUUGUUCCAUAACAAACCAUGGGUGGUGACUGUCAACCAGGGACUGCAGUAAUUUCUCUAGCAGUUGUUGGUACAGCUCUGACUUUAAUUGUUAUUUUUGUCAUUGUUAAAUGCUUAUAUCGCUAUUUUAAGAAGCAUUCUAGACAUUCAGAAAAUGCUGAUUUAACUAUAUAUGAUAUACGAAAAUUAUCAGAGCAAAGAGACAGUGUCUAUAAAUGUGCAUGUUUUACACACUUUCCUUUUGUACAUCAGCCAAGUGCCAGGAACCUCUGUCACCAUCAACAACAACAACCACAAACACAGAUAACAGAAAAUUCAACAUCAGAAUGUUCUUCUCUCCAAAACAAGAAUACUAAACUAGCAUACAUAAAUCCUGAUUUUGAAGAAGUGAUCCAAGGAAAAUGUAUUCCUUCAAAUACUUCAAACUCAAUUAGUUGUGCUGACAGCUGUAUAUUUACUGAGAAUGAUUCUGCAUCACAUUCCUAUGUUCAAAAAGAAAGUAAUAUCCAAAACUCUAGUAUGUAUGAUCCAAAUUUUUUGCUUUCAGCCUACAAUGCUGGGUACCCUAUUGGAAACUGUCUGAAGGAAAUAUAUCAAAUAACAGAGCGCAGUAUUACAAAACAAAUUUGUAAUAAACUGGUGGUUUGUGUAAGUCACCUGGUUACUGACGUUGGUGACACUCUCAUACUUGAUAACAUGGGUAUAUCUCUUUAUAUACCACCUGGAGCCAUUGAAAGUGGGAAGAAACAGGUUAUCUCUCUUGUGCUUAACUGGGACCUCUCAGAUAAUCCUCUGAUGACUGGUGAUGAAUCUCUUGUAAGUCCUCUUGUCUAUUGUGGACCCCAUGGUUUGAAACUGAAGCAAAGUUGUCAACUUACAUUCAAACAUUGUGCUUUUAAUGUAAACGAACUAAAAAUCUUGAAAAGUGAGACUGAACUUACAGGUCAUAAAGAUUGGCAACAGAUAAAGGACAAAGACCAUUCUGGGAAUAACAAUGAACAGUGUCAAAACUCUUUUAAUAUCACACCAAAUGAGUGUCAAGUCAAUAUAAGUAGUUUCACAUUAUUUACAGCCAUCAUGACUAUUCUGGAAGAUUGUGAUGAUGACAGUCUUCCACAAAGCUGUAAAUGGUUGCAAUUGGCUGCUUUUUCAUGUCCACUAAAGUCAAACAGUUCACAUUACCAAAUCAGAAUUUAUUUUUUAAACAAGACGCCAUGUGCUCUACAAUGGGCCAUUCAAAAUGAAGCUAAAUUUGGGGGUGUAUUAUGUUGUCCAGAAAAAGUGUUUUUGUUUGAUGGUAAGAAGGGAGUUGGACAUGGAAAAGAUGUGAUUAUUAAUACAAUAUAUACUUCUGAAGGAUGGGAAAUGAUAGAAGAUACAGAUGACGAGUCAAACAGAAUUCCGUUCCUCUAUAUUUGGCAUGGGAAAUGUCCAUAUGCAUCACUUUGUUUUCAUCGUCAACUUUCUACAUCAAAACCAACAAAAGACCUUAGUUUACAGUUCCAUAUCUUCCAAGAGACUUUGGAAAGUGCAGGUGAAAAAUUAAUUGUCCAAAACCAGGCCAAGCCAAAUAUUUAUGAUGAUAGUGAGCAGCAGUGUCAGAAACAUAAAUCACCCCAAAUCAAAAUCCAAGUUUCAGUUGAUGGAUUUAAGGAAAGCCAAGAUAUUUUUGAUGUUGCAAACCAUUUGAAAUGCAAGAAAAUUCCACAGGAACUAAGAUUGAAGCUUAAAUUACUACUAGAUCCUUCUUGUUUAUUUGAUAAAAACUGGAAAGCUUUGGCAUCGUACUUGAAACUUGAUUCAUCAAUUCGUUACAUGGAAGCAAAAGACAGUCCAACUGAUCAACUUCUGGACAUCUUAGAACAGAAAAUGUACAGCUUGGAAGCAAUACACCAUAUUUUAACAGACAUUGGGAGAAUUGAUGCUGCUACUGAAAUAGAAGAAUUUCUUGAACAGUCAGUGGAGGAAUUACCACAGAAUUAAUCUUAAAGAACACAGCUGUUGACAUAUUAAUUUGUAAUAGAAAAACAAUGCCAAAUUUAUGUAGAAAAGAGUAUCAUUGAUGGAAGGAGGUCUAGUAUGUAACUAGUAUGCAUUUUAUCAGCUCCUGAGAAUGACAGAAUUAUUCCUGGCAAAAUUUGAACUUCAAUCCAAUGCCAAAUUACCACACACCUGCUAUUGAAAUAUUAUCCACCAAAUGUUGGUAUCAUAUCAUUUCUCCAUUCUAAAAUAGAUAUCAUUGCUGUCAGAACAGCAAUGCUGGUCUUUACAAUAUGAUCAAUAUGGCUAACAUCGUUCUGUGACAAUAAAAUGUUAAUAUUGAUCAAGUAACAAUAAACUGUUAACUUUGUUCCUUGACAACAAACUUUUAACAUUGACUGAUUAUCCAUAAACUUUUAACAUUGUUCACCAAGAAUAAAUUGUUAUCAUAGCUCAGUGAUAAUAAACUAAUUACAUUGCUUUGUAUGAACUGUUAACUUGAUCAAAUCGUGAUAUUUUAGUGUUCAUAAUAAUAAAAAAAAAUUAUGUAAAACACUCUUACAUUAUCACCACCAUCACUAACUGCAUUACUACAUCCACAAUGACCAUCUCUAUCAUUCUACUACCACUAUCACAGCAAUCACCACUAUCAUCGGCAUCACAACCUUCAUAACUACUACAAAUAUGACCACCCUACUAUCACUGUUAUCAACACCACCAAAACACAAUUGGUAAGCAAAAACAGAUCUUAUCCCAUGUGUCACUAUACUGCUGUUGAAAUAAACUGCCUUUAUUUAAAUUAAUUUUGGAAAUAAUGAAGAACUUAGUAAAAAUAAUUUGUCAUCAUAGUAUAUGCUGAGUUGAGACUUUGAGAGAACUAGGCUAGUCAUAUGGUCAUAUAGCACCCAAGCUAAGGUUGUAGCACCUCAGUUGAAUUUGAUAGAUCCAAAAUAUAAUUUGAGAUACUGGUACCUGAGGUUAUAUUAAUCAUUAUCUCAGAUGAGUAUACAUCUGAUAUGAGUUAAUAAGAUCUGAGAUGAAAUAAAAACAAAAAUAAGAUGAAGUAUUAUCAACUACUGUAUAGUUUUAAUAUCAACUGAAAGAGUGUCAUUUAUAAAGCCAUAUAACCAUCCCACAGGUUAUAAUAUCUGAGCUGAGACUAUAACUUUAAUAUGGUUAUAUUAUGUCAGCUAAGGAUAAACAAUAAUUGUGCUAGACUUAGGACAUCUAAGCUAGACUUUUAGGAAGCUCAUAACAACAGUUCCUCUAUCCCAGAUUCGUUUUAGUUUCUAUUUCUUAUUUUGAUAUGAGUAGCAUCAUAUAACAUGUGUAACUGUAUGACAAGAGAAAGAUUUGUUGAGUAAGCAUAUGUGCAUUGACACAUAUGACUGUCUAGAGAAAGAUUUAGAUACCAGUAGUAUAGAUGACAACUGGAAAUUUCUACAAAAUAACAUGCUUAAGGCUAUAGAUCAGAUGUUCAGAUGUACAGCUGGGGAAAAUUCCAAGUCAAACCAAAGGUGACAUAGUUGUGGAAUGAUAGGGCUAAUAUGAUGGUAAAGCACAAGAGACAGGCUUGGAAAACCUAAAGAGCAUUGAUCCUACAACAUGCAGAUCAGAGGCAUGAAGUGUUCAGGAUUGCAAGACAGUGUUAGAGAGAACUGAGAUGUAACUGUUGAGUAGUGUAUUCAGAAUGAUAAAGGCAUGCUUACCAUUGCUAUCAAGGAUGAAAACAUGUUAUGAAAGAAUUAUUAUGAGAGGCAGUUGAAUGUAACUAUUUCAUGUUGGCCCUACAGAGGAUCUGACAAUUGAAGUUGAAGCAUAAAAGUAAAUAAAGCAAUUAAAGACAUGAAGGGAGGGAAAGCUGUUGACCCAUUAGGGAUAAUCAGAGGUACUCAAAAUAACUAGUGAGAUAGCAAACAUGAUUACCAUGCAUAUAGUUAUUGGAAAGAUGUCAUACCCAAUGACCGGUGUAGCAGUAUCACUAUAAACUGUUACAGAGACAAAGAAGAUGCCUUGCAAAAAAUAACAGAACAAUUGAUUCAUAACAGAGUCAACCUAGAUGAGAUGCAGUUUAGCUUCAUACCCAACAGAGUACCACAGGUGCAAUCUUCCUGGUGAGACAACUACCAGAGAAAUACUUGGUUAAAGUAAGCCAUUAUUUCUAGCAUUUGUUGACUUGGAAAAAGUAUUUGACAAGGUACCGUGUUCAGUAAUUUGAUGUUUACUAAGGAAAUUAAGUGUAGGUAAAUGGCAUGUGAUGGCUGUACAAGCUAUAUACAAAGACGCAGUAAAUAAAGUGAGUCAGUAAUGAUUUCACUGACAAAUUUAUCUUGAGGGUAAAUUAUGGUUCAGUCCUCAGUCCUCUUACUCUCUUAUUUCUCAUAGCUUUACAGGCCAUCACAGGGAAGUUUCAGAUUGGCUGUCCAUGGGGACUCAUCUAUGCUGAUGAACUCCUUCUCAUAGUGGAAUAAGAGAGAAAAUUCCAGGCAUGGAAGCUAAACCUAGACUUGAGAAGCCUCAGGGUAAUCUUAACAAUGACUAAGGCUUUAGUAGGCGGGAAAAAAAAACAGGAUCCCAGUAUCAUCAGAGAAAUAGUCUUUCUUGUUUAUGCAGAAAAGCUGUAGAUAGAAAUUCCAUAUGUUGUACCUUUUGGAAGCUACAGACUCAUAUGGGUGUAGUAGAAUCACAGACAGACUAACAAAGUAAGCUUCACAUGUAACAGAUGCACUGAAGCAAUACAUUCUACGAACGCACUGGAAAUAGAUUCUCUGAAAUGUUCAGAUGGCUUACUAGAAGUAGUUCUGUUACAAAGGAAACAUAACUAGCAAAGGGAGUAUCUGAAAGUAGCAUAGCCAGAGUAAGAACAAGUUAGUUUACUAACUAUUAUCACAACAGGCAAUAAACGUCUUUUUCCUCAGAAUGAUGGACAAAUAUUAUGAUGCUUGUGUUAAAAGCACAAUACUGCAUUAGAGUGAGACAUGAGCCUUGAUUGUAGAAGAUUUUCAAAGACUAGAAAGAAGUGAAGCUAGCAUGGUCUGAUGGACGUGCAAUGUUAGUGCUUGUGAAAGUACAAAUGAGCUAAGGGAAAUGAUGCGUACAAGAGGAACUGGGUGUAAUAUGCAAGACAGGAGGUUGUGGCAGUAUGGGCAUGUGUUGUGUAAAGUGCUGUGCAUUCCAAGUUUGAGGAACCUGUGGAAAAGGGAAACCAAGGAAAACUGGGUUGAAGUAGUGAAUGCUGAUGUAAAGGUGCUACAUCUCAUGUUGGAGAGGACAAAAGACCAUACUCACGAGCAAAUAGAGGUACUACAGAAAACUCAUCCUCCUAUGAUAAAACACUCUCUUACACAAGGGUAGCAAUGAAGAUACUGUAACAUACAUCAUCAUCAUCAUGAUUUAAUGUCCAUGCUUCAUGCUGGCAUGGGUUGGACAAUAUAUAUAUAUUUUUUUAUUUUUAUAUAUUUAUUUUUAUUUUUAUUUUUAUAUAUCUGUAACGUACUAUGCUGACGAGCGAUAGCUAGAUUUCAUUCUGGUAAUCGUGAAAUCGGUCGAUACAUAGUUGAGUUUAUUGUUUUAAAAAAAGUUUUUUUUUUUAAGAGUUGCUUUUCCUCUCAUUCAGUAAUAAAAUGUGUUUAUUGGGAA